AUGCAAGUUCAGUGUCCAAAACAUAAGGAUUCUCAAUUCCUCUAUAUAUGGUCAAAAGAGAAUGAGGUUAAAUUUAUUUGUGAUCAAUGCCAUUCAGAUCUAAUAAGGCUUAAAUAAGUUUAAUCGUAAAAUUUAAUUAACAUCAGGAAAGUAGAUGUUUCUUUUUAUAUUGUUAUUAGGCUUAUUAAAAUCCAGAAUAUUUGUUUUCUGAAAUUACCAAUUCUGAAAUACUCCAAGAGUUCUUUUUUGAAUUGAAUUAAUGUGAAGAAAAAAAUUUAAACCAUUAAAUAAUGGAAAUUGAAAAAUUUAUAAAAGAAGUGCAAAACUAACUAAUUGUAAUGCAAUAAGAAUUAUAUGUUUAUAAAAAAAAAUAUAUGGAACUUAGAUUAUAAAUUCGAGAAAAAUUAGAAGAAGUAAUUAUAUUAAUUAUAAUUAGAUAAUCAAAUUCGAUUAAUUUAAAAAAUGUAUUUCUAACUUAAAUCAAUUAGAAAAAACAAUUAAUCCAUAAGACAUCACGUAAAGUGAAAGAGAUGUUUAUAAUUACUUUCAGGAUUCUAUUUUAAAAAAAUAGGUGAGUUUAAACAAUUAAAUAUUCACAAUCCUCAAUUAUAAAAAUUAAUACACAAGGGAAUCAAGAAUAAAUUAUCCAGAAUGGAAUAAAUUAGAUUAAUUAUAUAAAUAAUUAAAUGAGAUGCACACCUCCUUUAAUAUUAUGAUAAAUCCUAAAUUCCCUGGAACUAUUUAAAAUACCUCUUUAUUAGCAAGAGAAUUCCAAGCCAAAUUAAUUGAUAUAAUUGUUAAGAAAUCCAAUAAACCAAUUACAAAAAUAGAAUUAAUCCAUUAGGAAUGUUAUAGUAAUCUAAAUGCUGAAACAUUUUGGAAUAAAGUAGAUGGAAAAGACAACUUAUUGAUUGUUUUUUAAUCAGAAAAAGAAAAUAUAUUUGGAGCUUAUAGUCCAUGUUAAUGGGUGAAAAGUUAAAGAGGACAAUAUGUUUCAGAUGAAACACUUACAUCGUUCCUAUUUUCACAAACAAAUAAUUAAAUUUAUCCUAUUAAAAAAGAUUUUAGGGGAUAUGCAAUUUAUUGUUGUCUUUAAUAUGGACCUGUGUUUGGAGGAACACCCUUAUUAAAUAGAGCUAUUUAUUAUUUCUAAAAUAAAAGCGAUUUACAUAUCACAUCUAAUUUUUAAAUUGGAAGUUCAUCACUUGGAACUUCUUAUGCCAUUGAAGAAAAGUAAACUUAACCUGAUUUAGAGAUCAAUUUAUUUGGUUAAAAUGCACAAAAAAUUACAACAUAUGAAAUAUUUCAAUUAUCAUUUAACUGA